UAUGACAAUUUUAAAGAGAAGAAGAAAUCUGUCCGAAUAUUUUUCCUUCCUCAUCAAUUUUCUCUCUUCACAAACCUAAAAGUCCUUUCUCCAUCUAAUAUCUUACACUCUUCUGAAAAUCUCCAUCACUCUAUUUCUUCUCCUGCAUGAUACAAAACCUCAAACCUAAACCAGUGAAUAUUAUGCAGACUUUUCAAUCUCUACUGAAACAAUAAGAUAUCCUCUAUAAGAAACGAAAUUAACCAGGACUUGCUGAAGAUUUCUGUAUCGAUUUCAUCCAGUAUUCUCUUGCUGGUGAAAUGCAAACUUCUUAAAGGACAAAGAGGUUGGAUCAGACUUGGCGGUGUGACAGCGAUUGGCUAAUAUUAACAUGUCAGAAGACGAACACGAGAUUUAUAAUGACAAAGAUAAUAAGUGUAAUGAGGAAACUUCGCUGGGGUCUUGUUCCCACAAGUGUUCAUCGUUUGACUUGAAUGAGGAAGCUACCAGUGAAGAAGAAGAACAAGAACAGGAAGAAGAAGAGGAGGAGGAGGAGGAGGAAGAAGAGAACGAGAAAAUGAAGGAACACGAGGGAACUUCAUCGACAAAUAGAAGCACAUCUAGAGAACGAAAUGAAGGAAAAAGCACUGUAAGACAAUACGUCAGAUCCAAGAUGCCUAGGCUUCGGUGGACCCCAGAUCUUCAUCUCUCUUUCGUUCAUGCAGUUAAACGGCUCGGUGGUCAAGAGAGAGCAACACCCAAGUUGGUGCUACAGCUGAUGAAUGUGAGAGGACUCAGCAUUGCUCAUGUGAAGAGUCACUUGCAGAUGUAUCGGAGCAAAAAACUUGAUGAGGCUGGGCAAGUGAUAAAUCAAACGUACAGAUCCUCCCAAAUUGGUCGUGUUUCGCAGUUAUCGUAUCAAUCUGUGAAUACAAGACAACAAUUCAAGAUGGGAAAUGGUGGAAUUAUUCUAACGAGCAAUUGCAACGACCAUAGUGGGUUUGUUCAUGGCCUCUCCAAGCCUUAUUUUACCCACCCACAUACAAUGGCUACAGAGUCAAGGCAUCAACAAUGGCAGUUAAAUAACGAGUGGUAUAGAAGGCAAAUUUGCAUGACAAGCAACCAAGUGAUGAUGCCCUCAAUAACAGACCGAAUUGCACCAAUUAGAGGCAGCCAAUUCCUGGAAGAGAGAAAGUGGCCUCCAUUAUUAGACACUCUAAGUAAUCACAACAAUAAUAACCAUUAUUGGAAGUUCAAUAAGAUGUCACCUACGAGUAGCCAUAUUAUUAAUACUUGGGCUGAUUCACAAUCUGGAUUUCACCAACUUGGUGCCAAUAUGCAUGCAUCUGUGGAGCCACCUGAUGAUCAUUGGAGAUUUGGAAAUAAUGUCAACACUUGUACCAACAAUUCCAAGAGUUUAAAGCUUGAAUUUGAGCCCCCAUUUCGGAUCAAGUUAAAUGAAGAGAAACAGGAGAAAGACGAGCGAAUGUUGCCUGAUCUGCAACUAGGAUUGAAUUAUCAGAAUGCUGAUGAUUGCAAAGAAGCUCAAGAAAUUAACACUAAGCUUUCUCUUUCUUAGAAUAUAUAUAUCUCUCAGUUCUCAGUUACAUAUAAUAGAUAUAUAUAUAUAUAUAUAUGAUCAAUAGUGCAAAUAUAUAUAUACAACAAUGAACUCAGAGAUAAUCUUUCAUAAACAAAAAUACAGGUACACAUAGAGUUACAAGACCUAAUUUUGUGGGCUUAUAACUAGUAUAUGUAUCUAAAUUUUGUUCUCUUUUUUUGGAAUAGGAUUAGACCUGAAAGUGAAAUGUAUGUGAUUGAUAACCUGAUAUAAGCUAGUGAAUUCCCAUGGGCUAUUCUAUAGUACGGGUGAGGCAUUAAAUAUUUCAGGAAUAUGAGUUUUUGGGUAUAGCUUACAUGUGUGGUGUUUUGGGUUUGAUAAAUUUUACUGUGUAGUUCAAAUUAUUAUUAAUACAUUUGAUUAAUAAGAGUUAAUAGCUUGAAUA